UCCGUCCUGCAACUGCAAGUGGCUGUUUCGAUUUUGUUUACACGUCACUCAAGAUGGAGUCGAUGUUGUUCGAACCUACGCUCUACACUGUGAAAGCGAUCGCUAUCCUGGACAACGAUGGCAACAGGAUCCUUGCCAAGUACUAUGAUAACACCUUCCCAUCAGUAAAAGAGCAAAAGGCGUUUGAGAAGAAUCUUUUCAACAAAACACACCGUGCAAAUGCCGAAAUAAUCAUGCUGGACGGUUUGACGUGCGUCUACCGGAGCAACGUGGACCUCUUUUUCUACGUGAUGGGCAGCAACCAUGAGAAUGAGCUCAUCUUGUGCAGUGUCCUGAACUGCCUGUAUGACUCCAUCAACCAGAUCCUGAGGAAGAACGUAGAGAAGAAGGUCCUUCUGGACAACCUCGACAUCAUCAUGCUGGCCCUCGACGAGAUCUGCGACGGAGGAAUCAUCCUGGAGGCAGACCCUGCCGCCAUCGUUCAGAAAGUUGCACUUAGGACAGACGACAUUCCGCUGGGAGAGCAGACGGUAGCGCAGGUUUUCCAAUCGGCAAAGGAGCAACUCAAGUGGUCCCUACUGAAGUAACUGCACGAUUGUUGGAAGCAUUGUAUGAUAUCUAAAGACUGUACAAUAAAUUGCGUACAAAAAC